CCGCUCCCCGCACGUGGCCGGCCGGGCGGAGCCGGGAACGUCACAUUCCCGCAUUCUCCUCGCCCGGGUCGGAGGGGCGCGGGGCACGUCGGAACGGGGCUCCCGCCGCUGGGGAGGCGCCACCCCCGCGCGGAGCCCGCUCGCUCUUCCGUCCUUUUCCCUUCUUUCUCCCUUUCUUUUCCCCGGGACCCCCGCCCGCCCUCGCCUUCCUCGCGGGACCCCCGGCCCAGCUGAAACCUUGAUAGCCAGGAGCGACUCAGCAAGAUUCUGUGAAGGGAUCAUUUCUCUUGAUUUCAGAACUACCGGACACGGCAAUUCUCGGUUCAUCGCAGAGGGGGAUGGAAAAUUCUUCCGUGGCUUCUGCCUCUUCUGAGGCAGGAAGCAACCGGUCGCAGGAAAUCGAGGAGCUGGAAAGAUUCAUCGACAGCUAUGUUUUGGAAUAUCAAGUCCAAGGCUUGCUGACCGAAAAAAGCGAAGGGGAUGAAGAGAACGAGAAAACACAGUCCAAUAUCUCGCAGUGGACAGUUGACUGCAACCAGGAGAUAGAAAGCAUGUCCAGCUACAGAGGCAAGGGGUCAGCACCCCAUAAUCAAAAUCAGAACAGCAACAAAAACAGCUCCCUGGACAUGCUGGGAACAGAUAUCUGGGCAGCCAACACCCUGGAGCCCUUCAGUGGGGCCACCUGGGAUUUGCAACCAGAGAAACUUGACUUCACACAGUUCCAUAGAAAACUCCGCAACACUCCAAAGCACCCUCUUCCACAGAUAGACAGAGAAGGAAUUGGCAAAGGAAAAUGUGACGAAGGGGACGGAAUCAACUUAAACGACAUUGGAAAAGUUCUCCCAGCCUGGCAGGGUGGUCAGCCAUUGCCACACGAAGCAGAAAUUGCACACACCAAAAAACUGUUCAGGAGGAAGAGAAACGACCGGAGGAAACAAAGGGCGCCCGGGGGGAAUAAGCCGCAGCAGCACCCAGAACAUCAGCAAGGCACCACUAAGCACAACAAAGAGCACCAGAAACCCUCGCAAGGAGGCCCGGCGCCACACGCCUCGGGGCGAUGUGGCCACCACGGCUACAGCCAGAACCGGCGGUGGCACCACAACCAGAAACACUCUCCCAAUGACAAAGAGACGCACCGGAACGCCAAAGAGACCGAGAAUCUGAAAAUAGACGAUACCUCCGUCUGCACGGUGCACAUCCCUCUGGAGGUGCAUCGCAACCACGACGUCACCGAGAGGCCCUCGCCGCCGUAUCUCCAGGAUCCCGAAAGCAAGCGGAAGGACGGCGUCCAUGAGCGGAAGAACGAGAGGCCCAAAGUGAACUUGCUGCAGUCUUCCAAGGACAGGCUACGCCGGAGGCUAAAAGAGAAGAUGCCUUGUCUUUCCCUUUUCACGGACCAGGACGAAGGGGUGGUGGAGUCCACGGACCCACAAAGGAACAAAAUGGACAAAUUAAUUGAGAUUCUCAACAGCAUGCGGAACAACCCGAGCAGCGGGGUGGACGCCAAGCUCACCAGCUUCAUGGAGGAAGCCCAGAACGCCACCAACUCCGAGGAGAUGCUGGGGGAGAUCGUCCGGACCAUCUACCAGAAGGCCGUGAGCGACCGCAGCUUCGCCUGCACAGCGGCCAAGCUGUGCGACAAGAUGGCGCUCUUCAUGGUGGACGGCACCAAGUUCCGGAGUCUCCUGCUCAACAUGCUGCAGAAAGAUUUCACGAUGCGAGAAAAGCUGCAGCAGAGCGACGUGGAAGCCUGGCUGGGUUUCAUCACCUUCCUCUGCGAGGUCUUUGCCACCAUGAGGAGCAGCACGGGGGAGCCCUUUCGGGUCCUUGUCUGCCCCAUUUACACCUGCCUCAGGGAGUUGUUGCAAUCUCAGGAUAUAAAAGAAGAUGCUGUUCUUUGCUGCUCAAUGGAGCUGCAAAGUGCCGGCCGGCUGCUGGAAGAACAGCUGCCCGAGCUGAUGACGGAGCUGCUGGCCGCCACCCGGGACAAAAUGCUGUGUCCGUCAGAGUCCACGCUGACCCGUUCCUUGCUCCUGGAGGUGAUCGAGCUGCACGCCAACAGCUGGAACCCGCUCACCCCCACCAUCACGCAGUAUUACAACAAGACAAUCCAGAAACUGACAGCUUGAGGAAAGGAAGGAGAAGGUAGCAGGCGGACACAGCCCGGUGCCGGGAGCGAGACAUGCACUUUAAAGAGACGACACAAAAAAAACAAGACACCCUCGGGAUAGGCCCAAAAAGAUGCAGGAGCCCUCCCAGCAACCGGGAUCCGGGUCCACUUCCUUAAAAAAAAAAGAAAAAGGACAACCCGCAGCAUGUUUUAAGAAUACGUUCAUCGGGGCAAAGCAUGUCUUUUUCCAGUCCGGUCCCGCAGCGCCGCCUCCUCAUCCUCCCAUCUUCCCUCUCCUCCCCGCUGUGGUUUUGUUCCCGGCUCCCUUUUUGCGCGGCCCGUCAGCGCGACAUCCCACCAAGCUAUUGUCGGGGCUCCGGAGGAACACGGACGGUUUGAAUAGUGGCUUGUAGGGAAGGGCAAGGUCUCCGAAGCCUCGCAGCAGCUUGCGUUGGCCAACUGGCGUGAGGCCGGCCACGCCAGAUGUCCUUGGGGAGGGGGGGGGGACAAAGACAGACCUCUCCCACCCCAGAUGCUGGUAACUGACAGCUUUUGUCAAGCCAAAAGGAUCCUUUCUCCUCGUCCCUCGCCUGCUUUUCUUGCUCUCCUCCUGUCUUAAAAGAUUUGUCUCCGUGCUCCCAUCCCAAAACCUCAUUCCAGAUUAGACAUUGAGAAGCGAUAUUUUUUUCUCUUUCCCCCCACCCCUUUUUUAUUUUAUUUUUGGCUGGGGGGAGGUAUUUGCAUUUGCACUGAAUAUUAUUUUCCCUUGUGGGUGUUUUUUUUUUCAUGCUAUAAAUAUACAUGUAUAUAUCUGUCUAUAUACAUGCACCUAUUCUUAGAUCAGUGCUUCCCAAAUCCGGGUAAAUCAUCUUAACGUUGGGUAAACGUGAUCUGUCUUUGGGCAAAGAGGCGCAAAGCCCAUGACUCAAAUCACGACAGGGGCGCUCAAAUGGAGGUUUUUAACCUACCUUGGGCUGAAAAGACUUUCUCCUGAGUGGUUUUUGGUAACGAAACAAAACAAAAAAAAAGAA